UCUUCAGUUGUCCCAAAAAGCAGAACCCCAAAAAUCAAAAUAAGUUUUUUCAAAAAUGUUGCACAGCUCUAUCUUCUUCCCAACUUGUUCACGCACAUCUCCACCCAUUACCAACCCAACCAUAUCCUCAUUUUGCUUCACCACUCCCUUCUCUUAUCACCGCCACCACCAUCAAUGGCAACUAAAGCAACCCAAGAAGAGGGAACAGUUAAUGUUGUCCUUGUGUGCAAAUACAACAAGUUAUGAGGUUGGUGGAGGAUACCCAGAUGAGGAUUUGGAUAUGCAAGACAGAAGUGGAAGAAAAAGAAAAACAACAACAACAACAACCCAACAACAAGGGAACUCAAAGUUGGACACUUCCCAGUAUGAAACUCUCCUCAAAGGAGGGGAACAGGUCACCUCUGUUCUCCAAGAAAUGAUCACCCUUUUGGAAGACAUGAACAUGGAUGAAGCAUCUGAGGAGGUGGCUGUGCAGUUGGCUGCACAAGGAGUCAUAGGGAAGAGAGUUGAUGAGAUGGAAUCAGGUUUUAUAAUGGCCCUAGAUUACAUGAUCGAACUUGCUGAAAAGGACCAAGAUGAUAAGCGCAAAUCACUGUUAGAGGUGAUCAAGGAGACAGUAUUAUCCCAUCUUACAAAGAAGUGCCCCCCACAUGUUCAAGUGGUUGGACUGCUUUGUAGAACUCCCCAGAAGGAAAGCAGGCAUGAAUUGCUACGCCGAGUGGCUGCUGGUGGUGGUGCGUUUAAAAGUGAGAAUGGCACCAAAGUUCACAUUCCUGGGGCAAAUCUAAAUGAUAUAGCUAAUCAGGCCGAUGAUUUACUUGAGACAAUGGAAACUCGGCCUGUGGUUCCUGAUAGAAAACUGCUUGCAAGGCUUGUUUUGAUCAGAGAGGAAGCUCGUAAUAUGAUGGGAGGUGGAAUAAUGGAUGAGAGAAAUCACCGGGGCUUGAGUACUCUUCCUUUACCAGAGGUGAAUUUCUUAACCAAAUUGGUAGCUUUGAAACCAGGGAAAACUGUCCACGAGAUGAUAAAAAAUGUAAUGCAAGGAAAAGAUGAAGGUGCUGAUAACACUGACAGUGAUGAGGAAAACAGUACAGGUGCAGGGGUCUCAAGUGGAUUUGCAGGAUGGGAAAGUGUUACUGGAAAGAAGCCACUGCCUGUGCGCCCCGGCAUGUUUCUGGAGACUGUCUCCAAGGUCUUAGGUGGUAUAUACGCUGGAAAUGACUCUGGCAUCACAGCACAACAUCUAGAAUGGGUUCAUCAGAAGACACUCCAAGUUCUACAGGAAAUAGCAUUCUAGCCUAUUUGUGAUAGCUGCGAAAUGCCUCCUUUCGUCAUAAAUCCAUUUUUGAUCAUCAUAUGUUGUCCUAUGAGGCAGAAAGUAGGUCAAGACUUGUUAAUAGUCAAAAUUCAAAAUUAAAAACCAUUGUAGGACAUCAAAAGGAGGAAUAUUGUAGAAUUUAGUUAUGUAAAAUAAAUAACGUAUUCUGUUGUAAAUUU